GAAUAUUGGUAGCUCGCAUGUUGAGUACCAGAUCGGCGUGAAGGCCGAGGACGGCGGCGAGUGGGUGGUCUCCCGCCGCUACCGCGAGUUUCAGAGCCUCCAGGCUUCCCUACGCGCGGUGGCCGCUCCUCCGCCCUUGCCGGAAAGGCGCUUUCAUGGAGCCGGAGCGCUGUUCAUGGGGCCCCCCACUGAGGCCUUCCUGGCCGCACGCCAGGCGGCGCUGCAGGAGUUCCUCGAGGCCGCCCUGGCGAGGCAGCACACGGAGCUUGGCCUCGGGGAGGCGCUUCGUCAAUUCUUGGGAUUUCCACCGGCGAGGGAGGAGAAGGUACCUUCGACCCUGGAGUGGCUGCGACGGCCGCUGCAGCGACCGAGGAGUUUCGGCCCUGGCACGGAUGUGCCGCUGUCGCCCGUGGAAGCACCUUUCUUGGCUCCUGGUUUGGCCAGAGCGGCAGGGCUGCUUGCAGCCAGGCGGCUGCAGGCGGCCUCCUCCAGCACCGCGCGAGCGCUCGCCGACUCCUGGGACGAGUUAAUGGCUGCAAAUGUUCGCAUCGUGCUGCUCUGCAACCCGGUCUCCGGGAGUGACGAGGCCUGGUCGUUUGAUCCGAACACCGGUUCCUACCAACGCCUUGCAGCGCCUCUGAAGCCGCGGAUCAGCCCGGGUCUCGCAGCGACGAAGGGCUUUUGCUUCGUCGUGGGAAGCACCGGCUCUUCGUUGCUCCAAAGAGCCUGCACCAGUGCAGACAAUCCCUGGGCCAGGAGCUGGGGUGAGCGGCUGGUAGACGUUAGCUUCGGAGAACGCGGCUGCUGGGAACCCCUUCCCCGUGGCGGCGAAGGCGAUGGCACCCAUGUAGCCGCCUGUGCCGGGCGCGGCUGCGUCUACGCCUUCGGCGGCCUUCAGACAGGGAAGCCGAGCUCCCAGGCACUCCGCCUAGACCUUCGCACGGGCCUGUGGCAGCCACUGCCGCGGCUGCCGACACCCAGAUUCGAGUGUGCCGCCGUCUUUGUCCACGAUCUGUGCAUCGUCGCUGGCGGAGCGUCCGUGGCGGGCGCAGCGACGGACGUGGUCGAGGGCUUCGCGCCAUCGGAAGGUAAGCAUGGCCGCUGGCGGAGCUUACCAUCCCUAAGACAGCCUCGUUUCGCCUUCGCGAUGGUGGCAGCUCCAGGCCCUUCAGGGCAAGCCCUCUACGCCAUCGGCGGUCUCUGUAGCGGCAUCACCCUGGCGGUCGUGGAGCGACUGGACCUCAGCCGACCAACUGCAUGGGAGUUCACGGAACCUCUCGGGCAGCCUCGCCACCACUGCGGCGCAGCCACGGCGGCAGGAAAGAUCUUUGUUUUCGGCGGCUGCAACGGCGCAGAU